AUGUUAAAGCCUUCAGUUUUCGGUGACAUCAGUCCUAAGGUGUCCAGAGCUUUGGACGAAGAAGUCAAAGACCAAGCUCUUAUUUCUGACGAGCCAAAAAGCUCCGACUAUGAGCUCAAGGAGCAACCUCUGUCAAGAGACGACCGUCACUCCCGGGGUCUUCCCCUCAAGCUUUACCGUCACUACGCAGACAUCCAGCGUAGUUACGAGCAAGCCGACGAUUUUGACGGAUUGUACGCUGUCCAGCGUGAGCAAAUGCGCACCGAUGCCCGUGCCAACAUUUCUGAGGAAAAACUCGACAGUCAACGUAAACUGCGUCAGGCUAAAGUUUACUCGGUGUUUUUCUUGAUUACCACCGAUAUUUUGGGUCCUUCAAAUGCUCCAUACGCUAUUGCCCAAAUGGGUUACGUUCCAGGUAUCAUCCUGUACGUUGUUUUCGGUAUCAUGGCUGCUCUGGGUGGUUACCUCUUGAACUACUGCUUCUGCAAGCUUGACUCCAACAACUACCCAAUCCGUACUUUCUCUGACUUGGCUGGUAGAGCCGUUGGUGCUUGGUUCCGUUACCCUACUGCUUUGUUGCAGUUCGUCCAGAUGAUCAUGAACGUUGGUCUUAUCUUGUUGUCCACUGCUCAGUCCUUGGCCCAGCUCUUGGUCACCAACCGGGGCCACAACGGUCUCUGUUACACGGUUGAAAUUGUUGUUUGGUCGUUCUUGGGUAUGAUUCUCGGUCAAAUUAAGACCUUGUCCCGUUUCGCUCACAUCGCUAACUCCGCCGUCUGGAUGAAUGUUGCUGUUUGUAUCAUCACCAUGGUCGCCGUUGGUAUUGAAAACAAGCCAAACUACGACCUGUUCUGGUCCAACUACGGCUGUACCGCUCCUUACGACACCUUGUCCAUCCACAAAUACGCUAUUGCUCCUGGCUCUCUUUCUGACCGUAUUGACGGUAUGAACAACAUGGUCUUCGCUUGGGGUGGUGCUACCGUCUUCUGUGAGGUCAUGUACGAACUCAAGAAACCAAUGGACUUCUGGAAGGGAAUGCUUUGUGCUCAAGCUUUCAUCAUGGUCAUUUACUUGGUUUUCGGUCUCUUCGUCUACUCUUACCUUGGACAAUGGUCUUACGUUACCGCUAACAUGGGUAUUGCCACCCGUGCUUUGCAAACUGCCACUAACGUUAUCAACCUUGUUUCCGGUAUGCUUGCUGCUGUUUUGUACGCCAACGUUGGUCUUAAGGUCGCUUACCAAGGUUUCUUGGUCUCUGACUUCGGCUUCCCUCAAAUCACAACCAAGAAGGGAACCAUCUUCUGGGGUGUUCUCGUUAUCAUCUACUGGGCUGUCGCUUUCAUCAUCGGUGCUGCUAUCCCAGGUAUCUCCCAAUUGGUGUCCAUCAUUGGUGCUUUCUGUAUCUUCCAGUUCUCCUACACCCUUCCAUUCUUGUUCAUUUUGUGUCUGCUGAUCCGGUUGGACGCUACAGAGCCAGACACUUUCGACCCUACAACAGAGACUCUUGUUAAGGCCGACUCUUUCGCUAGCUGGUCCCGGUGGAAGAGAGCCCUCACCCACGGAGGUUACCUGCGUACUUCAAUCAAGCUGUGUGCAUUCCUUUUGUUCCUUGCUGCUCUCUCUUGUGCUGGUUUGUGUUCCUACUCUGCCAUUGAGGCCGCCAUUGCCUUCUACAAAAAUUCCAGUGCAAGUGCAUUUGGAUGUACUGCUCCUGUCUCUCCUAAUUCCGGCUUUACCUGUGCAGGUAUCACUGUCGGUGCAUCUCCUUAA